UCUAGCAGCCUAUAUAUGUGGAUGCUAGCAGACCCACACUCCUGCAGCAGCAAGCAAAAUUGAUCUAAUUGGCUAGCUGUUGUCCCACUGGAGUGAGACAAACUAUCGAAGACAUCAGGAAAUUAGUAAACUCAUGUGUUCGGAUGAGGAUUGAAAGACUUACUUCGUCUAAAAACUAUUGUUGUUCCUGAACUGUCAGCUGAAAGCGAAUCUUAAAGCAGACCAUCUCAUAUUAGAUGCAAUGGUUUCCGUUUUACAUAGAGAUUAAGCAAGCGUUACAUUGUGAAACUUAUUUCCUUCAUAACGUAGUUUGCUAGUCUAGAGGCAGACCAAUUGCACACAAACGCUUGAUCAUUUGAAGCCUGCUUUACACCAAGCCAAUUCCCCGUAGAACUAUGGAGGUGACACACUCGAUCCGCGAGCGCACGAUUGCCGAGAACAGCCUGGUCAUCCUUCUGCAGGGUCUCCGUGGGCAGGUGACCACCGUGGACCUACGCGACGAGAGCACCGCUCGGGGACGUGUGUUGAACGUCGAUGCCUUUAUGAACAUCCGUCUGGAGGAGGUUGUGUACAGGGACCGGCGAGGGCAGAUCAGCAAGCUGGCCGACCUCUUUAUCACCGGCCGGAACGUCAGAUACGUCCACAUUCCGGACAGCGUGAACAUCAUGGACACUAUACAAGAGCAGCUGAGGGUGAUUAGCCGCGUGCGGAAUUUCGGCGGGGAGAGGAAGGGUGGCAGGGCGGAGUUUGCCAAAAAGAAAAAGUGAUCUCCACUGUACUGAGAGAAAACGGCAGAGUAUAUUUUUGUAUCUUUUUCUGAAUGGAUGGAUUGAACAAAUAUUUCCGUGCAUAUGCACACCUACUUUUCUGUAUGUGCAAGAGUUUAAAGUUUAGAGUUUUUGUUUAAAGGUUUUUAUUGCAUUGAGAGCAAUUGUAAAUAUUGUAUUGCAUUUAUAGCUUUAAUCUCAUGGAGGCUUUCAACAGUAAGAAUCUUAGUUUUAACAUCAGGAGCACUGUUGCCUACAGUAUUUGUUCUCAUAGUGGUCAAGAUGAAUAAAAGUAACAGGUUCUAUGCCUAGCACUACGUUUCCAAACAUGGUAGUGUUUUAAUCUUAUAAUGAAAAAGUGUCAACAUUAUAAUGCAAAAGUGUCUUAAGUGCAAGGUGCAUAAAAUUGUCUGCAAACAUUUUGGUCAAAAGGCCCGCAUUAGCACUGACAACCAGAUAAGACUAGGUCUAUGGUUUGACAGAAUAUUUUGCAUUUGAACCCGAGGCACUUCCGUAACACUCCCUGGGAAACAUAACACUCUCCCUGUUCAAACUAAUCACCAGAUCUGUACGUGCACAGCAAUUCAGUGGUAUUGAAGAAGCCGUCAGCUGUUGAGCCUCCAGAAAGAUUGCACUUGAUCCACCUCAUUUGAGCAUUUUCAUAAAUCAUAGUAAUGCUAGAAUAGUCCUUUUAAGAACAAACAAUACAACAGUUUUGGUUGAAAAGUUUAAUGUGGGGGAAGGAUCUACAACUGCAACACUGCCUUAUCAUACAGGAUAUCCCACGCGCUACGAGUGCUCGACGGAACACAUCAGCAGAAAGCCCAACCUGCAGUUUCAUCGCCUACUCCAGGGAUACUCAAUCUCACCCAGAAAGGGACAACAAGCAGUUACACACCGGAUUCUACUAACCAAGGUCCUUUCGCAAAGACUCUAAUGGUUGGUUAGUAGAACUGAAUGUGUUACUGCUUGGUUGGAAUAAAAGCCUGCACCUACACCGGCCCUUCUGGGUAAGCUUGAAUAUCCCUGUCCUCCUCCUCUGCGGUUCAGAAGAACACACCUUUGCC